AAUCAUUGUUAUCACAAAUUGGCAUCAUCAUGUUAGAACUGAUACAAUUGAAGCGGUCUAAAGUGCUUCAGGUACUAAGAAAAUACAUGUCGUUUAUUGGCCCGGGGCUUGUUGUUAGUGUUAGUUAUAUGGAUCCUGGUAAUUACCAAACUUCAGUGUCUUCUGGGUCAAUGUUUGAAUAUAAACUUUUAAUUGUCAUAUUUAUGUCAAAUUUGUUUGCCAUUAUCUUACAAAUAUUAUGUGUCAAGUUGGGAACAGUUACUGGGUUAGAUUUAGCCGAGAUGUGCAGAUUACAUUUAAAUCCCAAAGUGAAUUUGUUUAUGUAUAUAUGUGCUGAGAUUGCUAUUAUAGCUACCGAUUUGGCCGAAGUUGUAGGUACUGCCAUUGCAUUGGAGAUUUUAUUUGGCAUUCCUUUAUUAUAUGGGGUAUUGAUUACCGUGUUGGAUGUUUUGAUCAUCUUAAUGGCUUAUAGAAAGGAUGGAACUAUGAAACAAACAAGAUUCUUUGAAAUUUUCGUGUCUAUUCUAGUGGCUGCAACCUGUGUUUGUUUUGUCACGGAAUUGUUCAAAUGUGAUUUCCCACCCGGUACAGGCUGGCAAAUCUUUAAAGGCUUCUUGCCAGUGAAUGACGUAGUGUUCACUGAUUCAACUGCUUUAUUUCUCAGUUGUGGGAUUGUUGGAAGUACAGUCAUGCCACAUUCCUUAUACUUGGGAUCUUCUUUGGUCCAACCAAGACUCAAGGAGUACGAUGAAAAUCACGACAAAGAAGUUGUUGAAGUUGAUGAUGAUGAAAGGCUCUUUCCUCCUAAUACCCCCAGACUUCGAAGACUUUCAGAUAGUUCCUUCCUUGCCAGAAAAUACAAGCCUUCGUACGCAGCUAUCAAAUAUUGUUUGCAUUACUCAUAUUUUGAAUUGGUAUUGUCCUUAUUUACUGUGGCUGUUUUUGUUAAUUCAGCCAUUUUGAUUGUAGCUGGUUCCUCAUUGUUUGGACAACCAGAUGCUGCAGAUGCAGAUUUAUUAUCAAUCUAUAAAAUGUUGUCCUACUACAUAUCACCAGCUGCCGGUCUUGUGUUUGCACUCUCUAUGUUAUUUGCUGGUCAAAGUGCCGGUAUAGUAUGUACUAUGGCUGGACAAAUUAUUAGUGAGGGAUUUAUUAAUUGGAACAUGAAGCCUUGGAAAAGAAGAAUCAUUACUCGAGUAUUGGCGAUUGUUCCAGUGGUUAUAGUCAUUGGUAUCCUUGGACGUGAAGGAGUUUCAAAAGUGAUGAACUCCUCUCAAGUAGUUUUAAGUUUUAUUUUACCCAUUGUGAGUGGACCUUUAAUUUACUUUACGUGUUCCAAAGAAUAUAUGACAGUUUAUGAAACUUCUUCACAAGCCACAGAGUCAACUUCAUUACUAGAAAACGACGUGCAUUCAAACCUGAGUCUGCCUUGCAGAUAUACUUUUGAAAAUGGGAAAUUUUUACGUACAGCAAGUAUUUUGACUUGGGUAAUUAUAUCAUUUCUAAACAUCUAUUUAGUUAUUGCAUUCGCUAAUGGAGCACAAAUAUAGAGACUUUUUAUUUUUUUAGAUUGGUUAAUAUCUUCCUUUGGUUUUUUUGUAUGGUCCUCGAAUACUUGGUAAUCUGCCCGGUUUGGCAAUAGAAGUACCAGUACUAAUUCGGUUAGGAGCAACACCUGGUAAAGUACCACUAUACUCAGAAACCAAUACUGGAAUUCUCUUGCUGAAUUCAUAUGAAAAACUCAGGGGUGAUAUUUUGUAUAAUUGUAUAGCCAUAGUAAUGUACUUUUGUAAUCUAGUGUAUAAUUUGUAUUCAGUAGGUUCAGGAGCUAAUGGGUUUCUGAUAUCGCUUCUGAGAUACCUAUCUUGACGCAAUUUGUUAAGCUUUAUUAAGGAAAUUGAAAUUAAUCUUUGAAGUUUGACCGGAUUUAUAAUGUCCUGUUUUGAUUCUUUCAAAAAUUUCAAUUCUUUGAUCUUGGAAGGAUUCCAUUGUAAUAAAUUAGCAACAUUGAUAGUAGCAUCAGAAUCCAAUUCAGUUUCUAUUUCCAUUUCAUUACUUUCACCUUUCACUACUUCGUUUGUAAUUCUAGCUUCUUUUUGCAGUUGUUCAAGUUCUUCUGGU